AUGAGUGUUGAUGAAUUGAUGAGACAUCAGAUCCAUUGGUUGAUUCUCUUCCCUGAAGACGACGAAAACAACAACAACAAUUAUCCAUGCACGUUGUUCAAUCCAGAGGAAAGAGACAAACGUUACAAGACACAAGAUCUUGGUUUGGAGUUUGCAAAGAGUUUUUGUAUAUCGACCUAUGGAAGCUGGCUCUUGAUGCGACACCCUCUACGUAGUCUCUACGUUGUGAAUCUCUUUACCAACGAGAGAAUCAAUCUACCUUCCGUGGAGUCACAGCUUGGAAUGGUAAAGGUCGAGCGAACCCUAGAUGGUUAUGAGUUACGUACUACAAGUCCCAACGAAAAGGUGUACAAAGGUAUUAGUAUACGAACCCCUGUGUUUUGGAUUGAUGAGAGAACCAACGAUUAUGUUGUUAUAUGGGGACUUCGAGACUUGUGUGUUGUUUAUUCAAAGAAGAGAGACACCUCCUGGACUCAACUUCCCAAAACCGCAGGCUGUGUUGACGUGGUUUACAAGGAAUCCAAGCUUUACUUCUUAGGCUUGUCUGGUUGUUUCUUAAUCUUUGAUUUAUCUGGAGAGACUCCACAACAAAUCUUUCAGAGCAACUCCAAUGAUUCAUCCAUUGCUUCCCUAUUCGCCAAAUCAAACUGUCUCCUACACACCAGCUAUCGCAUGAAUUCCCGAGACCCAAGAGUCCUGGUUACUUUGUUCUCCCCUCUCCUGGUUACUUUGUUCAACCCAUUCAUCCUCACUCAGCCAAAAGAACAUAACAGUUCUAAAAGUGUCAUAUUACAGUGCGGUGUUAUUGUGGAAAGACUACGUUUAGGUCUUGUUGUUCCGACAAAACUUGUAGUCACGGUGACAGGAGAAGUCUUCAAGGUUGAAAAAUGGUGGAGGCCGAGGUCUGAAACCUGGUCCUUCAGGGUUAUCAAGCUUUGUUCACUAGGAUUCCUGAGGAUGAGGAAUCACCAACUCGUUGGUUCUUUGGGAGACGAGUCAAUGCUUUUGGAUCAAGGCAUCACUGUGCUCGGCAAUGACGGAUUCAUUAGAGAUUCCAUCUAUUUCAGUGUUAAAAGGGAUAACACAAGUUCUAUCUUUGUUUUUAAUCUCAAGACAAAGAAGACAGAGCCGCUGCACAACUUUGAUUGUUCUUACCAAGGUUUACGCAAACAUGAUGGAUACCAACUACGUUAUUGA